UCAGAGCGGGCGCUCCUCGCCGGGCCCAGCCUGCGCCGCCGCGUCUCCAGCUCCCGGCGCCGCAGGCCGCCUGCGGGUCCCGGCCGCGCUCCGCGGGCCUCGGCGGAGGCACAGCUGACCCGGGCUCGGCGGCCGGCGCGGAUCCCGGUGUGAUGUUUUUCCAGGUACUUCAUGGUGUUCUCCUCUAGCUUGUCCAAACCACUGCUCUACACAGCUGCUGAAACAUGGGGGAAAACGAGGAUGAGAAGCAGACCCAGGCCGGGCAGGUCUUCGAGAACUUUGUCCAGGCUUCCACGUGCAAAGGCACCCUCCAGGCCUUCAACAUCCUCACGCGACACCUUGACCUAGACCCUCUGGACCACCGGAACUUUUAUUCCAAGCUCAAGUCCAAGGUGACCACCUGGAAGGCCAAAGCCCUGUGGUACAAACUGGACAAACGUGGAUCCCAUAAGGAGUACAAGCGAGGGAAGUCUUGUAUGAACACCAAGUGUCUCAUCAUUGGAGGAGGACCAUGUGGUUUGCGCACUGCCAUUGAACUUGCCUACCUAGGGGCCAAAGUGGUUGUGGUGGAGAAGAGAGACACCUUCUCCAGGAACAAUGUGCUGCACCUCUGGCCUUUCACCAUCCAUGACCUACGGGGCCUGGGGGCCAAGAAGUUCUAUGGGAAGUUCUGCGCUGGCUCCAUUGACCACAUCAGCAUUCGUCAGUUGCAGCUGAUCCUAUUCAAAGUGGCCCUGAUGCUGGGAGUUGAAAUCCAUGUGAAUGUGGAGUUUGUAAAGGUUCUAGAACCACCUGAAGAUCAAGAAAAUCAAAAAAUCGGCUGGCGGGCAGACUUUCUCCCUGCGGACCACCCGCUGUCGGACUUUGAGUUUGAUGUCAUCAUUGGUGCUGACGGCCGCAGGAACACCCUGGAAGGGUUCAGAAGGAAAGAAUUCCGUGGGAAGCUGGCUAUUGCCAUCACCGCCAACUUCAUAAACAGAAACAGCACAGCUGAGGCCAAGGUGGAAGAGAUUAGUGGUGUGGCUUUCAUCUUCAACCAGAAAUUUUUUCAGGACCUUAAAGAAGAAACAGGGAUUGACCUCGAGAACAUUGUUUACUACAAGGACUGCACCCACUAUUUUGUCAUGACCGCCAAGAAGCAGAGCCUGCUUGACAAAGGUGUCAUCAUCAACGACUACAUCGACACAGAGAUGCUGCUGUGUGCAGAGAAUGUGAACCAGGACAACCUGCUUUCCUACGCCCGCGAGGCUGCAGAUUUCGCCACCAAUUACCAGCUGCCAUCGUUGGACUUUGCUAUGAACCAUUACGGGCAGCCCGAUGUGGCCAUGUUCGACUUCACCUCCAUGUACGCCUCAGAGAACGCGGCCCUGGUGCGCGAGCGCCAGUCACACCAGCUACUCGUGGCCCUGGUGGGCGACAGCUUGCUUGAGCCCUUUUGGCCUAUGGGCACAGGCUGUGCCCGAGGCUUCCUGGCAGCCUUUGACACAGCAUGGAUGGUGAAAAGCUGGGACCAGGGCACCCCUCCCCUGGAGCUGCUUGCUGAAAGGGAGAGUCUUUACCGGCUGUUACCUCAGACCACCCCGGAGAACAUCAACAAGAACUUUGAGCAGUACACACUGGACCCAGGGACACGGUACCCAAAUCUCAACUCCAACUGUGUCAGGCCCCAUCAGGUGAAGCAUUUGUACAUCACUAAGGAGCUGCACCAGUGCCCUCUCGAGAGGCUGGGCUCGGUGAGGAGAUCCAUGAGCCUCUCCAGGAGGGAGUUAGACAUCCGGCCCAGCAAGCUCUUAACCUGGUGCCAGCAGCAGACCGAGGGCUACCAGCAUGUCAACGUCACCGACCUGACCACAUCCUGGCGCAGCGGCCUGGCCCUGUGUGCCAUCAUCCACCGCUUCCGGCCUGAGCUGAUCAACUUUGACUCUCUGAACGAAGAUGACGCUGUGGAGAACAACCAGCUGGCCUUUGACGUGGCCGAGCGUGAGUUCGGCAUCCCCCCGGUGACCACGGGCAAGGAGAUGGCGUCAGCCCAGGAGCCCGACAAGCUCAGCAUGGUCAUGUAUCUCUCCAAGUUCUACGAGCUCUUCCGGGGCACCCCGUUGAGGCCUGUGGAUUCUUGGGGCAAAAACUAUGGAGAAAACGCUGACCUUGGCUUGGUCAAAUCCUCCAUUUCUCAUAACUAUCUCAACCUCACAUUUCCAAGAAAGAGGACUCCACGAGUGGACACCCAGACUGAAGACAACGACAUGAACAAACGGAGGCGGAAAGGCUUCAACAACCUGGACGAGCCUUCAGCCUAUCCCAGACGGAGCCUGCGCUCCUGUCCAGAGGAUGGCAGCGGUAAAGAAGCUGGGAGCCAGAACAAAGUCAAGUCCAUGGCAAGUCAGCUGCUGGCCAAGUUUGAGGAGAACUCUCGGAACCCCUCACUCCUGAAGCAGGAAUGCCGUGUCUCAGGGAUAGGUAAGCCUGUCCUGCGCAUUUCCUCUGACCCACCUGUUAACUCUCGCUGCCCCAGGCCGGAGGAGCCCACACCCGGCCCAUCACCUCCUCUGAAAAGGCAGUUCCCUUCCGUGGUUGUGACGGGGCACGUGCUCCGAGAGCUAAAGCAAGUGUCUGCUGGCGGCGAGUGCCCGAGCAGGCCCUGGAGAGCCAGAGCCAAGUCUGACCUGCAGCUGGGUGGGCCAGAAAACACUGCUGCCCUGCCUCCCACCUGCCAGGGAGCGCUGGCCCUUUCCGGGGUGCUGCGGCGGCUGCAGCAAGUGGAGGACAAGAUUGUCCAGAAGAGGGCUCAGAACUUGGCCAACAGGGAAUUUCACAAAAAGAACAUUAAGGAGAAGGCGGCUCACCUUGCCUCCAUGUUUGGACACGGGGAUUUCCCGCAGAAUAAACUACUUUCUAAAGGCCUGUCUCUCACUCACCCUCCGGCUUCUCCCUCCUGCCUUCCGUCUCCCGAUCCAGCCGCUGCUUCCUCUCCAUCGACUGUUGACUCUGUUUCUCCUGCCAGAAAGGCAAAGAAGUCGCCUUCAGGUUUCCAUUUCCAUCCCAGCCACUUAAGAACAGUGCGGCCUCAGCUGACGGUAGGGAAAGUGUCCAGCGGAAUAGGGGCUGCAGCUGAAGUCCUGGUCAAUCUGUACAUGAAUGAUCACAGACCUAAGACCCAGGCCACCUCUCCAGACCUGGAAUCCAUGCGCAAAGUCUUUCCCCUGAACCUGGGCGGCAGCGACACCUGCUACUUCUGCAAGAAGCGCGUGUACGUGAUGGAGCGGCUGAGCGCAGAGGGCCACUUCUUCCACCGAGAGUGUUUCCGCUGCAGCGCCUGCGCCACCACCUUGCGCCUGGCCGCCUAUGCCUUCGACGGCGACGAAGGCAAGUUUUUCUGCAAGCCUCAUUUCAUUCACUGUAAGACCAACAGUCAGCAAAGGAAGAGACGAGCAGAGUUGAAGCAACAGAGAGAGGAGGAGGGAACGUGGAAAGAGCAAGAGGCCCCUCGGCGAGACACUCCCGUGGAAAGUUCUUGCGCAGCCGCUGCCAUUGGCACUCCUGCAGGCAGCCCUCCAGCAGAUGAGCCAACCUCCCCCAAGAAGCCCAAGAGUGUCCUGGAGCCAGAGCCCAGUGAUGUGGAUGGUGGAGCCACCUCUCUCCUGCCCUCUGAGUGGACCUCAGUGAGGAUCAGCCCUGGGGAGGAUAUAGUUGGACAAGACAUGAUGGCUGUGCGUGUCCUGGUCACCAGUGACGACAGCAGCUCUGAUGCAGAGCCAGACUGCCCCGGCACCAAGGCCUCCAGUACGCGGCCCUGUGAAGAGAGACCCUGGCGGCCAGGACCCCGGCCCCUCCCGGAGCCCCUCACUAGGCACAGCUCCCUGAGGGAGGCCCCGGCCAGGGGAGGCUCUCCCCAGAGCUCCGAGGAGCCCCACGCCGUGCACGCUCUGCAACGGGCCAGUAGCUUCCAGUCUCCAAUUCCCAGCAAAUACCAGAGCUGGAGGAGAACAUUCCAGUCAAAUUCGACGCCAGUGAACAACGAAAGAACUCUGUCACCUUCAAAGGAACCUUCAGAGGCCCCUCUUUCUUCUUCCUCACUGUCUUCCCCCUCAUCUUCCCUGCCAUCUUUUUCUUCAGCCACUCCCCCGGGGAACUCUCCGGAUGGCUUCUCCCUACCUCAGGAGACGGCUGACCACCUGCCCUCACGGGUCUCAAGAGGUCACUCCGGCCUUUCCACUCCAAUCUUUCUGAGGCGCGCCAGAGCCAAAGGGGUCCCCAAGGACAUGCCUCUGUAUCUGCCUCACAACCAAGUGCUGGGGCGGGCAGAGUACUGCGUGGUGAGGCCUGGUGAAGAUGGCCCCACCAGCCCCCAGCCCCCCAGCCCUGCCGAGAUGGCUUCUGAUGGGUGUCCGGAAGCAGAGGCCCCUCUUGGGGACACCAGAAGCCUCCACAAAGACCCAUACCCCCCUGGAGGGCAGGACAGGUGCUUGCCAGACCAAGAGCUACCUUCCAGGGCUGAAGAGGACUCAGGAGAAAAGAACAUGGGACCCAGAGAGGCAGCAGAGGAUGGGUCAGAGCUGACAGAGGGGAAGAAGCUGGGCUUGAGGAAGUUAGUCCUCACUCCGGAGCAGAAGACAAAGCUGCUGGACUGGGACAACUCCAUCCCCGAGAGUGUGAGCCCGGAAGCCAGGGCACCAAAUGCAGAGAAGAGCGCUGACAAGGGUAGAGGAGGCCACGUGCUGAAACUGAUGAGGCCCUUGCUGCCUCCCCAGACAGCCAGAGAGACCCCGCCAGCCCUGGGAAAGGCUCAGGAGAAGAUGGGGAUCCCAGCCGAACGGGCUCCACCCAAGUCCCCACUUCGGCUCAUAGCGAAUGCCAUCCGGAGGUCCCUGGAGCCCCUCCUCCCCACCUCGGAAGGUGGGAGGAAGGCCUUGGCCAGGCCGGAAAGCAAGGCCUUGCCCGCCAGCCAGCCCAGCCAGCCGCAUGCUUGCACUCGCUCAUUCAGCCUUCGCAAAACCAGCUCCAAUAAAGACUGCAACCAGCAGUCCCCAGGGAAGGACUCGGCGAGCAGGGCCUCGGCCUUCUUCUCCCUGGGCUCCUCACCUGCCAAGGCUGCCCAGCCCUCAUACCCUAGCCCUCCUGACCCCGUCCACCGCACCCACAGCUUGCCCACCCGACCGUCCAAGGUGUUUCCUGCACUCAUGUCCCCGCCCUGCCACAAGAUAGAUGAUGUGCCCGCACUCCUUGAGAAAGUGAGUUUGCAAGAGACCUUUCCAGAUGCUUCUAGGGUUCCAAAGAAAAGAAUCUCGCUCUUUUCCUCCCUCAAACUCAAAGACAAAUCUUGUGAGAGUUCCCUCCAAGAAUCCAAACAAAGAAAGGACCUCCAGGACCUCUUCAGCGCCCCCAAGGGGAAAGGGGAGCCCGUGGACAAUGCCCUGGCACAGCCUCGCCAUAGCACCUGCCUGGGACAGAGGGUCCCUCCUCCUUCUCCAGACAAAGAUGCAAGUCCCCGACACAUCCCCAUCCAAACGCAGGUGACAGGGGCCACCUCUUCUACCUCUAACACCAGCAUCUCCUCUGCAGAUGAAGAUUUUCAUCCCCAACCUUCCUUGCGGUCAAAGGAGAGGAAGACCCUUAGAAGAAGAAGGAAACUGGAGAAAGCAACAAAACAAUUGGUUAAGCAAGAAGAAUUGAAAAGACUUCAUAAAGCUCAGGCCAUCCAGAGGCAGCUGGAGGAGGUGGAGGAGCAGCAGAGGGCCUCCGAGAUCCAAGGUGUGAGGCUGGAGAAGGCGCUGAGAGGGGAAACAGAUUCAGGCACACAAGAUGAAGCACAGCUUUUGCAGGAAUGGUUUAAGCUGGCUCUGGAGAAGAAUAAAUUAAUGCGAUAUGAGUCGGAGCUACUGAUCAUGGCCCAAGAAUUAGAAUUAGAAGAUCAUCAAAGCAGACUGGAACAGAAAUUGAGACAGAAGAUGCUUAAGGAGGAGAGCCAGAAAGAUGAGAAUGAUCUAAAUGAGGAGCAAGAAUUAUUCAGCGAGAUGAUGCAAGUGAUUGAACAAAGGGACAGACUCGUGUGCUCCUUAGAGGAACAGCGCAUAAAAGAAAAGGCUGAAGACCAGCACUUUGAAAGCUUCAUAUUCUCCAGGGGCUAUCAGCUGAGCAGGACGUGAGCAGGUGCAGGGCGCUGCCCCUGGAUGCUGGCUGAGGACGGAUGGAGCCAAGGGCACCUCACGCGCUCACAGUUCCUUUGGCGGAAUCUGCAAUACCUGGAACUUAAGUGAUACCCUAUUGCCAUCUAGUCUUAAAAAUGAAAAUUCUCUCAUAUGGAGUACAGCUGCCCGAGAACCUUCCAGAGAUUAUAAUGAAGAAAACACACAGACUGUUAUGAAAUUGGCAGUCACUUUGGCAGGUCUCACAUUGGAGGUGACCUUGGCAGAUGACCAGCAUUGUUUUCCCCAGAAAGUGACACAGAGAUCGACUUUCCUGCUGCUUUUAUCAUUUAUCUUCCCAAAUCAUUGAGUUACACAUCUUAAGAUUUUUAAGAAGCUGCCUUUUCAUUAAUAUAUCCAUAUUUGCCUUUUUUUGCACGGGUGACCGGUUUCCAAAUGUCAGAAAGAAGCAGCCGCAGUUUAAAGAUUAGGUUAAUAUUUAAAUUGUGUUUCCAGAGAAAAAGGAGAAACCUUGAGAUUACUGAUUACAUAAAGCAAAUAACUCAUAUAGCAGGUGUUAAUUCAAUCCAGGGUGAAUUUAAUUUACCAGUUGUAUUUAUAAGCCUUAAUAUAAUAUACAUAAGCAACGAGAGUUUAAUACAACAUUUGAGCCUUAAUUUUAUUUAGAAAGAAAGAAAGAAAGAAAAGAAAGAAAGAAAGAAAGAAAGAAAGAAGAAAGAAAGAAAGAAGGAAAUAAAACUUUAACUUCCUACCAGCAGGAUUGUUAGUGUUCAUCAAAUACUGCAGGCUUGGGAAAGCUUUUGUUCUCAGAGCACUCCUUAUUGCCACUGGAACAUAGUGAAAAGGGUUUCUAGAAAAUGAAUAGUUUUCCAGUGCUUUUUUUUUUUUUUUUUUUUUUACAACUGUUGGUGAGGGCAAAAGGAAACUCAUUUGUUGAUAAAGUAUCGGCGAGGCUGGUGCUGCUACUGAAAAACACACUCACUAGUGAUCCAAGGCAAGGUUGUCUUCCCCCCCAGGGCGGUGGUCUUCUCAGGUCCAAAGAGAAGUAUCUCCCACACUCUCUCCAGGGAUUCCCCAGGAACUCCACAGGACAAGGACAAAACCACUUCUGACUUCACCCGGGAGCUGAGUGCAGUGACCCCGUUUACCAAAUGCAGUGACCAAAUUCCAAACUGGGUCAUGGAUUUUUUUUUUUUUUAAAUGACAUUUUCAAUGUGAAAAGAGAGCCAGGAGGUGGAGUUUAUGCACUGACAGGCGACUCCUGGGCCUUUUUGAUGGUUCAUAUGGGAACCAGAGAAAACUGAUCUGUUUUAAAUAGUGAUGGGUUGUCAAAAAGUAUUGAAUUGUUUUCCCUCAAUGGGAUUCUUUGAAGAUUCAGUCUGUUGCUGACAAGAGACAGACUGAGGAACUCUUUGUUACAUGUUUGGCCUCUCUCAUUUCUGCAAGUGUGUAAAUGUGUCACUGAACAGAAGGUGCUUUGCAACAGUUGGCUCUGACCGUAGACCUAAUUCUCCUCAAUAUAAGUUGACCAUGAACCACUUCUAUCUGAGAUGCUGUCCAUGCACGCCAAUCUGGCUAGCCGACCAGCCAGAAAUGAGAAAUGUAACUGGAUUUCCCGAGCUCGCCAACUCUUUGGGUGAUAUCAAAAGGCAACCCUUCCACGGCAUACCAGAUUCUGAGGGUUGCAGUUCUCUUUUCCUUUCUUUUUUUUUUUUUUUAAGAAUCAGGUCUUCUAGUGCAUGAAUUAUUCUACGAGGGAAUAUGUGCAGGCAUCUAUCUAUCGAAACUGUGCCAUUUCUGCUAUUUAUCUAUUCUUAUUUAUUUAUAUAUUUGGUAGAAAUUGCUAAUAUGGUUGCCUUAUAAUUCUGGUUUCCCUGUGUUAUAAUUUGGAGAAGGCCUGUUGUCACUGAGAUAUUGGUAUAUAAGCUAUUUAACAUACAAAUAACCCAGAUGUUUGGGGCAGUGAGUUGUAUAGUAUUAAAGAUUUCUGGAGAUAGUUAAAAUAAUAUUUUCAGUCAUCAAGUAUUUAAAGGUAAGACUGUGGAUACUCAGGAAUUUUAAUUCAUUUAAAGAAAAGGUAUAGAACUCCUGUUUGUAUUCUAGAAUGUUUAGAAAUACCUGAACCCAGUCUUUUCUGUCAGUUAUGUGGAAGUGUGCUCUUUGGUGCUGGCGUACAUGUAACAGAUGAGGCUCACAUGCGUAGUGUCUGGGUUGUUAUUAUACAAGAGAAUUAAUUGCCACUUAUUUUAAUUUGUUCUAUUUUCAUCUAAAAGAAAGAUUCUCCCAAGAGGGCCAAGAAAGAAGGUGUUUCUUGGCUCUAGUGUUCUAUUAAUUGAUGAGAGAAGCAAUUUGUUCACUUUCUCUUCCAAAGACUCUUCUGCAGCUUAAGGCUGAGUCUUAUCUGGCCAAGCUGAGACAUACUUACCCCGGGUUUACUUACCCCGGCUUUCAGUGUUACCAGUACAUGAAACCAUUUCAGCGAACACUUCUAAAUGUGGCUGUUGAAUUAUUUCGAAUAGUUGCAUUCCUUAUUCACAGUAAAGAAUGUGCUAAGAGCCUCAAAAUGUAAAAUAGUGUACAUUUUAAAGAUGAUUUUUUAUGCAGUAUGAGUGGGAUUAUGAUGAUUAUGAGAACAGUUUCUUCUGUCCCAUAGAAGGACAUAUGCGAUCAAAGCUGGACAAUUUAGGACUCUGGAUGAGACAUAAAGCCCCAGUCUCAGGUCAUAUUUCAGAGCCAGUCUCACACAGCCUCUCAUUUAAACUAAAGGGCUCUCCAGAGUUUCAAGUUUAGGAUUUUACAUAAGAUGGACCAAUAGGACAGUUCUUAAGCUUGCCCUCCCAAACCAUUCAUUUGUCGACCUAGUUGUUUAACAAACAUUCUCUGAUUGCCUAUGGGGUUGUGCAGCUCUCAGCAGGGGCUGCCAUUAGGGAAGAAUAUUAGGCCUCCGCUCCACCCGCAAAUAAAUGCAAAGAUUAACAAGUACCACUCCCAAAUAAAUACAGAGAUAAAGAACUAUUUUUAUUAUAAGCAUCAGCCUAUUCCGCUCACAUUCGUCUCAACCAGGAAGACUUUUACCCCCAACGAUUACAGCACUUCAUUGGCAAUAAAAAGAAGUUCGUUUCCAAAACUGUGAAAAAUAAUAACGGGUUGUACUGUUUCAUUUAAACCUUGACUCUGCCAGUAUUAGGCUGCUUGGACUCCAUCAACGCUGAGAUGCUGCAUGUUAAUUGCAACCCAGAAAGGAAGUGGCAGGUGUUUCCAACUCUGAUGAGCUGCAAUGAAAUUGAUGUUUCCUGCAUUCUGGAGGCAAAUGACAAUUCGGCAAUGUCUGUCUUCCCGGGAAGCAGAUUUACAGGCUUUUCCUCCCAAACUGAAAAUGGCAGCAAGUCCCACCCAGGUGGCCGAUGAGAGAACUACCUCAGCAGGACAGAGGUGGCAGGGGGCAGCUGGGGCUGCCACAUGAGCAGAGAGAGAGUGGCAGUCAUCGGAUGUGGUGAGCUUGAAUGUAGCUUAUCGUAAUAGGAAGGGUCACAUACAGGGGAGCGUGUACCGUCUCACCUACUGUUUAUCUUCUAACCUCACUGCUGAGUGGCUUGUAAAAGAUUAAUCUGCUCUGACCACUGGGAACUCCUCCUGUGGGCUGAAAGGCAUUACAUGGGCACUGCUAUAAAUACUGAAAUGAACCCCAAAUAAAUGGUUUUCUGUUAAA